AUGAGAGUUUACAAUUUAGUGUUGUUUAUCGCACUCAUGAGCUGCGCAGCUGCGUCCACCCGGGUUACUGCUUCGAUGAUGAAAGUCGGAGAUUCUUAUCAAAUGGUAGAGGGAAAGAAGCGCGACGCUGUCGCUUUCGCCUACUUUGAUGAAGCCAUCCAUGAAACUGGAUGGAACUACCUCUCAAUCCGUUCUAACGACAAAUAUCCCAACUACGACCAAGCCUACGCUGCCGGCUUUUUGGAAGGAGCACUCACGGCCAAGCAGAUGUACAUCCAGAUUAAGAUCCGCUUCCCGGACCGCGCGCCUCCUCAGAAGGUGCAGCGCUUCUUCGAUGCCAACGAGGCCUGGGAGAAGGAGGAGAAAGCGAGUGGCCGCAACCCGGACUACUGGGAGCAGCGCAGCCUGCUGGACGUGCAGGUGAACGGCAUUUACGACGGCUACAUGGCGAAGGCGACGGGCGCGAUGCGCAACGUGACCCGCUACCAGAUCAUCGUGGCCACCUACGAAUACGACGUGUGGGACCUGUCGAUCGUGCUUCCUGCCGACGACGAAUCGAAGUGUUACGCGGAUGAUGCAUCCGCGGGGUUCCACAACAAAUGCCACGGAAGCGAGCGCGUGGACCACUGCUCAGCGCUGAUCAAAGUGCUUCCCGACUUCUCGGACGUGUUCUUCGCGCACGUGACCUGGUCGGACGCGCAGUCGAUGUACCGAAUCUACAAGGCCUACGAUCUGCGUCUGCAUCUCCGCGACGGCUCGCUCAUCCCCGGACACAAGGUCGCCAUGCCCGCCUACCCGGGCCGUUUCACCUCCGGAGACGACUUCUACAUCACGUCGGCGCGGCUGGCGAUCCAGGAAACGACCAUCGCGAUCUGGGACGAGUCGCUGAACGAGAACAUCAAGCCGCAGUCGGUGCUGCAGUGGGCGCGCUCCGCGCUGGCCUACCGCCUGGCCACAUCGGCGGAGCACUGGGUGGAGGUGUACUCGCUGUACAACAGCGGGCUGUACAACAACCAGUGGAUGGUGCUGGACUACAACCGCGUGCUCCCCGGACAGCCCCCGCGGGACGGCGCGUUCUGGAUCUUCGAGCAGAUCCCCGGCGGCGGCGAGGCCGCGGAUAUGACGUGGUGGCUGCGCCGCGAGGGCUACUGGGCCUCCUACAACAUCCCGUACUUCCCCGCGAUCUACGAGGCGUGCGGGUACCCGGCGAAGGUGGAGGAGUGGGAGGCGAAGGCGAUGUCGUGGCGCGACGCGGCGCGCGCGCAGAUCUUCCGCCGGGAUCACAAGAAAGUGGUGGAUUUGGCGUCGAUGGGGCGGAUGAUGCGGUACAACGAUUACAAGCACGAUCCGAUCAGCGCGUGCAACUGCACGCCGCCCUACACGUCGCAGUAUACCAUCUCGUCGAGGUCGGAGCUGAUGGACAAGGACGGAGUGUAUCCGUUCGAGUCGCUGGGCUUCCGCGAUCACAUGGGAACCGAUGUCAAGAUUACCAGUCGAAGGUUGCUGGACGACCAUUUGGGCGCGGCGAUUAUUUGCGGACCCACGUACGAUCAGCAGCCCGUGUUUGAUUGGAACACCACGCCGCUCGGACCCAAGGAGCAUGAAGAUUACCCCGAGCGGUACGACUUCCCGUUCUAUAUCGCGCGGAUGGACGUGGACGGAGAGAUGGACUUCGACUAUGUGCCGUUUGACCACUUGAAGAAGUGUUGUGUUUGUUGGAAACAAGUGUUGUCAAAAAAUGCCUUCUCAUAUUGA